ACGGGCACGGGGAUCAGCAGCGGCAUGGCCCUCGCCAGGGCGGCGGGGCAGGCAGGUCCCGGCGCGGCGCUGGCGCUGCUGUGGCUGCUGGUCCGGGCGGCGGCCCCGCCGGCCGUGUGCGCCCCGGGGGACAGCGGCUGCCUCCGGCUCACCGUGGCAGACCUCUUCGACCGGGUGAUCCGGCACUCGGGCAGGAUCCACAGCCUCUCCACGGCGCUCUGCGCCGAGCUGGAAAACCGCUUUCCUCCCCGUGACAACGAGCUGGGGAAGCCCGCACGGAGGUGCCCCACGGCCGGGUUGCUGACCCCCAACGGCAAAGAGUACGCCCAAAAAAUCCCGAGAGAAGAACUAACUUACGUGAUACUGAAACUUUUGAAUGCCUGGAAAGAACCACUUUCCCACUUUAACCAGCACAUUGAGCACCAUCAAGAGUUACCUGAUGACAGCCUUAGCAAAGCUAAGCAAAUCAGCAAGAUGGUUCAUGAGCUGGAGACUGGGAUUGAGAAAGUUGCAGAAAAGAUGCAGUCAAUGGGCAUCAUCAGCAAUUCCUUACAUGGAAUGGCAUCGUCUGAAGCUGCUGGCUUCUCCAGUACUAAUGAAGCAAACAUGAUGAGCGACUCUGACUUUAUUCACUGUUUCAAGAGAGACUCCAACAAAGUACAAUGCUACUUAAAAAUUCUGAAGUGUAGGAUUAUGCCAGAAAACAGUUGUUGA